UUCAAGAAAAAGCAAAACUUCAAAAACUGUUCCUAUAUUCAAUUUUUGUUCAGAAGUUUUUUUGAAAAAAAAUCGCGUAUUCAAAAAGUAUUCCGAGUAUUGGAACAGCUGUACUCCGAGUACGAAUCAUCACUUUGGUGCAGUUGUAGUCUGCAUUACUGCAUAAUAAUGCAGCCAGUCACUUUCAUCUACCAAAAGGAGUACUACUGUACCACUAGCCAGCAAAUUGUCUGAUGCAAAGACAAUACUUUCCCGAGCACAAGAGAACUACGCAGGAUUUUAUUUCCCCCCACUUUUCUGGUGUGCCAACCAGCCAGAGCAGAGCAGACCAGAGCAGCCUCCGGCCAUGUCGGCGGGCAAGGGGAGGAAGACGGCGUGCGUCACCGGAGGGAGCGGCUACAUCGCUUCAGCACUUGUUAAGAUGCUGCUCGAGAAAGGCUACGCUGUCAGAUGGCACGGAGAAGAACUCCCACCUCGAGGACCUGCAAGCGCUUGGCCCCUUGGAGAUCAUCCGUGCCGAUCUGAAUGAAGAUGGCAGCUUCGACCAAGCUGUUUCUGGCUGCGACUACGUCUUCCCCGUGGCCGCUCCGGUGAACAUGUUGUCAGCAGAUCCCGAGGUCAUUUUUCAACAACUUAAAAGAACCUUCUGCAUUACUACUAGCCUGCUAUUCUCUCCGGACGGAGGGAGUGUUAAUGCAGGUUCCUCUUUCCCCCAGAGGAUAUGAUAUGAUAUUUGCAGCUCAUCAUAGUGUGCCAACAACCACUCCAGAGGAACCACCUUACAACCUCUCGUUCCUGAAGCGAGGGGAGCAAGCGAAUAAUCCUUCUCUUUUCCACGAGAGGUUCGAUCGAGUGGUGGCCGGCGAUGUCGGCGGGUGAGGGGAAGAGGACGGCGUGCGUCACCGGAGGGAGCGGUUACAUCGCCUCAGCGCUCAUCAAGCUGCUGCUCCAGAAAGGCUACGCUGUCAAGACCACCGUCAGAGACCCCGAUGACAUGGAGAAGAAUUCCCACCUCAAGGACUUGCAAGCGCUUGGCCCCUUGGAGAUCAUCGGCGCCCGGCUGGACGAAGAAGGCAGCUUCGACGACGCAGUUUCCGGCUGCGACUACGCCUUCCUCGUCGCCGCUCCGAUGAACAUCGGUUCAGCAGAUCCUGAGAGAGAUCUGAUCGAGCCGGCCGUCCAAGGAACACUCAACGUGAUGAGGUCGUGUGUGAGAGCGGGGACGGUGAAGCGGGUGAUCCUGACGUCGUCGGACGCCGGGGUGUCCAGGAGGCCGCUGCACGGCGGCGGUCACAUGCUGGACGAGGGAUCCUGGUCCGACGUCGAAUACCUCAGAACCAACAGGCCACCAACUUGGGAAUACGCAGUGUCCAAGGUGCUUCUCGAGAAGGCGGCGAGCAAGUUUGCGGAGGAGAAUGGCAUCAGCCUCGCCACCGUGCUGCCCGUGUUCACCUUGGGCGCGGCGCCGGUCUCCAAGGCCAGAACCAGCGUCCCCGUCACCCUCUCCCUGUUGUCCGGCGAUGAGACACGGCGGGACAUCCUGAUGGGCCUGCAGUCGGUCACCGACUCCGUGUCGAUAUGCCACGUGGAGGAUCUGUGUCGCGCUGAGGUGUUUGUCGCCGAGAACAAGUCCUCGGCGGGCAGGUACAUCUGCUGCAGCCACAACACCACCGUCGUGCAGCUUGCCCGUCUCGUAGCCGAAAAGUACCCACAAUACAAUGUGAAACUUGAACGCUUUGCUGGGUCCCAAGAGAAGCCAAGAGCGUGUUUAUCGUCUCAGAAGCUCAUCGGGGAAGGGUUCGAGUUCAAGCACGAUGAUUUAAGUGAGAUCUUUGACGACCUCGUUGAAUACGGCAAGACCACGGGGAUACUUCCCUACUAAUAUGUCUGUUAUCUGCGGACGGAUAUGUAACCGGAAGAAAAUAAUGUGUCUUAGCAGAAGAACCCAUGCUUGUAGUUUCUUUGAGGGGUAACCCAUGCUUGUAUUUUUGGUGUGUGAAGAUGUUUAGUUCUUUGCCUGUGUGGCAAAAAUAAAUAAAUAUUAUUUUGCUAAA